AUGACAGCAGUAAAUAAAGGUAUAUUCAUUGUUGCGGCAAAACGCACGCCUUUUGGUAAGUAUGGUGGGGCUCUUCGGAAUACACAUCCGGCUGAUCUUUUUGCUGUAGCCGCCAAAGAAGCCUUCAAAGCUGGCAGUGUCAACCCCACUGCUAUAGACACUGUCAACGUUGGACAAGUAAACACAAUAAGUGGAUCCGGAGAUGGGGCUCUAGCUGCGAGACAUGGAGCGUUGAAGGCAGGCAUUCCACAGGAAAAACCAGCUUUGGGAGUCAACAGACUGUGUGGAUCCGGAUUUCAAGCAAUUAUCAACAGUGCUCAGGACAUAUUAACUGGAGCAGCAAACAUAUCCCUUGCUGGAGGUACUGAAAGUAUGUCAACGGUCCCUUUCGUCGUACGAAAUGUUCGCUUUGGGCUACCUUUGGGCGUCAACACACCAUUUGAAGAUGCUCUAACCUCUUCUUCUUUGGAUUCAUUCUGCAAGUUCACAAUGCCACAGACAGCUGAGAACCUUGCGGAGAAGUAUGGUCUUCAAAGAGGAGAGGUUGAUGAGUUCGCGUUGCAAUCCCAGAAGAAGUGGAAGGCUGCUUAUGAUAGCGGAGUUUUCAAAGCCGAAAUCGCUCCAGUACCAAUUAAAGUGAAAAAGCAAGAAGUAUUAAUAGAGAAGGAUGAGCAUCCGAGACCAGAAACAACCGCAGAUGGUUUACAUAAGUUGCCAGUGUUGUUCAGGAAAGGUGGUGUUGUUACGGCUGGAAAUUCUUCGGGGAUCAAUGAUGGAGCAGGUGCCCUUAUUUUGUCCAAUGAGGACGGUCUAAAACAAAAUAACUUAAAGCCACUGGCGAGGCUUUUGGGAUGGUCAUUCGUAGGAGUCGAGCCAGGAAUAAUGGGUAUCGGCCCAGUACCCGCUAUACAAAAGUUACUCGCUGCUACCCAGCUGACAUUGGAUGACAUCGACUUAGUUGAGAUCAAUGAAGCGUUCGCUGCACAAACGUUGGCCUGUGUGGCAGAGCUGAAGCUGGACCAGAGUAAAUUGAAUGUGAAUGGUGGAGCGAUAGCUAUGGGACAUCCAGUAGGUGCUUCUGGCGCCAGAAUUACGGCACAUCUAGUACAUGAACUAAGACGCCGUGGUCUUAAACGAGGCAUUGGAUCUGCGUGCAUCGGUGGCGGACAAGGCAUUGCCUUACUAGUGGAAACUGUAUAA